UAAAAUGAUGAUGCUUUUGUUGAGGGGACCCCCGGGGCAUUAGGGGUGCAUGUCCUGGUUAGUAAUCUAUGGCCAAACCAUUACAAGGGCCAUUUGGACAGUUUAUCGAUCAAUUACAGUAAAAGGGGUCAGUGGCACUAAAACACAGAGCAGCCACACAGAGCCGGUGGUCAGUAUUGUAUGUUAAACAAAAAAAAAAAAUAAAAAGGGAAAAAUCCCGUGACUGAUCAUAUGCGAGAAGCGAGAGGCGUUCGUUUCCGACGCUGUGAGAGCCCGCCGGAGCAUCUCUCCCGCCUCACUCACUCCGCUGCUCUCUCAUCCGCCGGGCUGAGAGACCCGAAGCCGCCUGCGAGAGACACAGCGAGGAGGGGGGAGAGAGGAAGCGGAGACGGAGAUGGCGAGCAUCAACAUGGGGCCGAGAGCGCUGCUGCUGCCAGUGGGGCUCGCCUGGGUCCUGAUGGCCGUCCUAACACCUAAUGUCCGAUGUCUGAACGGCGACGAGGACCAGAGCCAGGACACCGAGUGCAAGAUAAAGAGCGUCACCGUGUCGGCGCUGCCGUUUCUGAGGGAAAACGACCUGAGCAUCAUGCACAGUCCGUCGGCCUCCGAGCCGAAGCUGCUGUUCUCCGUUCGAAACGAUUUUCCCGGAGACGUCGUGGUGGUGGACGACCUGGAAAACACCGAGCUCCCCUUUUUCGUCUUAGAGAUAUCUGGUAAUUCAGAAGACAUCCCUCUGGUGCGCUGGAGGCAGCAGUGGCUGGAGAAUGGCACUCUGCUCUUCCACAUUCACCACCAGGACGGCGGCCUCAGCCUUCCAGAACCAACCGAAGACCCAGCCAACGAUUCUGCAAAGGAGGAGCUCCGAAUCCUGCACAUCUCUGUCAUGGGCGGGAUGAUCGCCCUUCUGCUGUCCAUCCUGUGCCUGGUCCUGAUCCUCUACACCCGCAGGCGCUGGUGUAAGCGUCGCCGCAUCCCUCAGCCCCAGAAGAGCGCCAGUGCUGAGGCAGCUAAUGAGAUCCACUACAUCCCCUCUGUGCUAAUGGGAGGCCAGGCCCGGGAGAGCUUGAGGAACUCCCGGGGUCAGGGGCCAAACUCCAGUGGUACCCUCAGCAUCCGGGAGACACCGAUUUUGGAUGGGUACAAGUAUGAGUACGACAUCACUGACCUGCGUCACCAUCUGCAGCGAGAGUGUAUGAAUGGCGGCGAGGAGUUUGCCAGCCAAGUCACCCGUACCCUGGACUCCCUCCAGGGCUGCAAUGACAAGAAUAAUAUGGACCUCACUCCCGUGAGUGACAACACCAAGCUGGCCCUAAUGAACAAAUACAAGGACAACAUCAUCGCCACGAGCCCCAUCGACAGCAACCACCAGCAGAACACGCUGCUUCCACAUAACACCUCCACCAGCCAACGCAAACGUCUCUCCAGCAAUACCCGUGCGGGUUCAACUUUCUUGAACCCAGACGGGGACUCUGGGACGGAGGCAGACAGCGAGCCUCAGCUGGCCUUUUACACCGACCCAAACCGCAGUCGCCGCCGGAGUCGAGGUAUGAGAAAUGGUAACGCCAACAGCGCGUGGGGCUCAGGGGCAGCAGGUUCCCCACGGAGCCCCAUCAAUAAGACCACCCUGACUCUGAUCAGUGUCAUCAGCUGCGUGAUCGGCCUGGUUUACUCCUCUCACCUCUCCUGCAGCCUUUCAGUCCGGGUAAUCCUACAUGUGCCGGAGCACCUCAUCGCUGACGGAUCAAGGUUCAUUUUGCUGCAGGGCAGCCAGUUGGAUGCCUCUGACUGGCUGAACCCAGCCCAGAUCUUGCUGUAUUACCAGCAGAAUGCCAGCGGGCCCUGGGUCAGCGAGCUGUGUGGACGGCGCCUCCUGGACCCGUGUGAGCACCAGUGUGACCCAGAGACAGGAGAAUGCCUUUGCCUUGAUGGCUACAUGAAGGAUCCAGUCCACAAGCACCUUUGCAUCCGUAGUGAGUGGGGUCCCAAUCAGGGUCCCUGGCCUUACACCAUCUUCCAGCGUGGUUUUGAUCUUGUGAUGGGAGAACAGCCCUCUGAUCGCAUUUUCAGAUUCACAUACACCUUGGGAGAAGGAAUGUGGCUGCCGUUGAGUAAAAGCUUUGUCAUCCCCCCGGCUGAGCUCGCCAUAAACCCCUCGGCCAAGUGCAAGACGGACAUGACUGUCAUGGAGGAUGCGGUGGACGUACGAGAGGAGUUGAUGAUCAGUUCGUCCUUUGACUCGCUGGAGGUUCUUCUGGACUCGUUUGGACCCGUCCGGGACUGCACCAAAGACAACGGAGGCUGCAGUCGCAACUUUCGCUGCAUAUCUGACCGAAAGUUGGACUCCACUGGAUGCGUAUGCCCUCCGGGCUUGAGUCCUAUGAAGGAUGGGACUGGGUGCUACGACCACCACAUCGGCAUCGACUGCUCUGAUGGUUUCAAUGGAGGAUGUGAGCAGCUGUGUCUGCAGCAGCUGGCUCCUCUGGAGGAUGACCCGACACUGUACAACAUCCAGAUGUUCUGUGGGUGCAUUGAAGACUACAAGCGGGGUCCAGAUGGGAGGUCAUGCCUGCCGCUGUCUGAGGCCUGCACCGAGGGGAUAGACUGCAUGGAGGCAGUGGACAUUCCGGCUAACCAGACUGUGUUCGGAGACCUCUUCUACGGAUACAACAACCACACCAAAGAGAGCACCUCGGGACAGAUCCUCAAGGCCACAUUCAGGCAGAAGAACUUUGCCCGAGGCAUUGAGCAGCAGCUCCCAGAUGGCAUGGUAGUGGCAUCGGUGCCAACUGAGGUUCAGUGCCACGAGGAGCUGUCGGACCCUGUGCCCGACCCAGAAUACCUCAAAGGUAUGGUAAACUACAGCGAGGUGACUGGCUACCCCCUUGUUCAGCACUGGAGUCUCCGCUCUGUGUUGUACCAUGUCAAACUCAAUCAGUGGGUCCUCUCUCAAGCCUUCAGCUCAGCCAUCCAUUCUCUGGACGGGGCGACGCAGCGGAGCGACUUUGUCUCCAUCCUCAGGGAGUUUGGGAACCACUAUGUGCAGGAGGCGGUGUACGGCUUCCAGGAGUCCUGUACCAUCUGGUACCCCAACAAACAGGUCCAGAGACAGCUGUGGCUUGAGUACCAGGACAUCAGCAAAGGUAACUCACCUUCAGAGGAGUCGGAGGAGCGCGACAAGGAGCCCAGGACGCUGACAUACCCAGCCUACAUCGCCAGUCUGCUAGACACAGGUGCAAAGCGCAUGGCAGCCGGCGUCCGCAUGGACUGCACCAGCCAAGGCCAGUGCCCGCGCUCCUGUCACCUCUGCCACAUGAGCCCCAGGGCGGCGCAAGGGCGACAGCAGUCGGAGCCCGUCCUGCUGCAGAUCACCAAGGCCGCUCCCAUCUAUGAACUGGUGUCCAACAAUGAGACCUAUCAGGCUCUUCAGGAGGCGAUGAUGAGCAUGCUGUGGUGUUCAGGGAAAGGUGAUGUGAUCGAUGACUGGUGCCGGUGUGAUUCCAGCGCUUUUGGUGCAGAUGGACUGCCCACCUGUGCCCCACUUCCCCAACCUAUGCUGAAACUGUCUUACACCUACGAGCCCAGCAGCUCAUUGGUCAUCAUGGAGUGGAACCACACAGAGCCACCAAUCGGCGUGCGGAUUGUUGAUUACCUCAUCAGCCAGGAGAAGGUGACAGAGAGGACCGACCACUCCAAAGUUGAGACAGAAACCCUUCUGAGCUUUGUGGAUGACAUCCUGUCGGGAGCCAGGUCUCCAUGUGUGAUGUUAGGGGACAUCCCCAACCUCCUGUCCUCCUCCAUCAGCAUGAUCAUCCGCUGCUUGGAGCCUGACACCACAUACAUGUUCCGGCUCUGGGCAGUAGACAACACAGGGCGCCGCUCCAGUCCGAGUGAGGUCACCAUCAAAACUCCGUGUCCCACUGUGGAUGACGUCAAAGCACAAGAAAUAGCUGAUAAAAUCUAUAACCUGUUCAAUGGUUACACCAGUGGGAAGGAGCAGCAGACUGCCUACAAUACUCUGAUGGACCUUGGCGCUCCCACGCUCCACCGUGUGCUCUACCACUACAACCAGCGCUACGAGAGCUUUGGAGAAUUUACCUGGCGGUGCGAGGAUGAGCUAGGACCCAGGAAGGCCGGCCUCAUACUGUCCCAGUUAGACGAGCUCUCCCCGUGGUGUAAGGGUCUUCUGCAGGAGCCGAAGAUUGGCCUCCGCAGGAUGUCCCUCAAGUUCCUGUCCUGCCGUUACACUGACACCAAAGCCUUUGGGCUGAACUGGUCAGACAUGGGUCAGGACGUACACAAGGCCUGUGACGAGCAAACACUCACUGUCAUGUACAAUGACUACGGCGAGCCCAAGGAGCUGUAAAAUGAGUCAGAGCUUUCACUUUGGGUGUGUACAGGAAUAUUAAAACUAAUAAAAUGCAGGGUUCUCGUUUGUUUCCAUGAGCUACAUGAACUGGUUGCUUCAUAGUGCAUUUACAUUAUUUUACACUAUUUGACUUAACCACAUUAUUGAUAAAGCUAAUCAAAACUUUUACCGGAGCUAACAGGUAGGAGGUGAUCUCUGAAUCUUGAUGGUCAUCUGAUAAACUGUGUCUUUGCUCCUCUGAGCUGUGCUCUGCUUCAUUCUUGCAUGACUUACAAUGAUCAGGUCAAAAUUGCUUCACAGAAAAAGCCCUCCCUGGGUCAUGCCUUUUAUCAGUUUUCACUGAGUCUUCCUCAUUGCUGUAUGACUACAUAAUCAUGAUACGUGUUCCGUUUGUCAUACAUCAGAUAUCUUCCGGAGUGAAGCACCAUUGGGAAUCUGAGGAAAGACAUCAAAAAAGUCCAAUGCUUAUUACAGGUCGCCAUUUCAGUUUAAGUGUUCUCGUGCAAGACACUGAUCCCCAAACUGCUCCUGACAAGCAGGCCAGCACCCUGCAUGGUAGCUCUCUGCAAUCAGUGUGAAGGUGUGUGUCUAUGGAUGAGUGAGAGACAAACUGUAGUUACAUGCAUAUGACAAAGUCAUUUAAUGUGAAGCAGCUGCAGGCACAGGGUGAUGUUUUUACUUAGCCACCAAGGCUUUUUUUUGCUCAGUUAAAGUUUGGUGUGUACUAUAUCUAAAUUUGUUUUGGGUGAAAUGUUGGGAAGCAGGAAUUGACUUAAAAAGCAUAAAAAAUCUGAAUGGAUCAGAGAUCACAAGAAGAAUUCUUUCAAACACUCAAGGCCAGGGUUUCUUCGUCCUUUUUUUAUCAUUACAAAUGCAAAAUUGCAUGAAAAAAAAUCUAAGGAAAACAAAUAUAUACCAGGACCCACACAGGAGACCAUGCAUUUUAUAGUUUUUUUUUUCCUUUUCCUUUGAUGGACCCUACGAUCUUCAUUUUAAAACUUUGAUACAUAAAAAAGAGCACCUUUUCGUACCCAUUGCUGCAAACAUUUGACAUCUUAAUAGUUUAAUCCAGGUGCGAAAGCUUCAUAUUCAGUCAGAUAUUAAAAGGGCAGAUGUGGGAUAUAAAGGGCAGCUCCUUUGUGCCUGCAUAUCUUUAGACGUUUUGUUGAGAAAUUACAAAAGGCAACUUGUGAUGUCAAACAAGUGGCCAAAAACUGAUCGUGAUUGUGACUUUUUGAUGAGCCCAUUUAUCCUCCUGCCUGGAUACAGGUAGUAGCUUCUUAGAUCUGAUUUUACCUGUAACGUUUACAUAAAAAAUGGAUCCAGGAGAUCCUGGGCUUUGUUCAGUUUGUUGUAGCCUCAGAUUCACUGGUACAUUCCAGCCGUUGGUUAAUAUUUUAUAGCUUCUGCUGCUCGUCGUACACAUUUACUAUGGAUGACUGCAACACACCCAGCAGGUGAACACUUCAUGUACUAAAACAUUGUCUAUCUCCUUAACCCUGAACUGUGACUUGAUAUUGGCUGCUGUGUUGUGUGGAGUUGCUUUUACAUCAAAUCUUAGACUCAGACUUAGAAUCUUACAGCUUUAAAAUAUCACUUCUCUUUUUAACUAGAUAAUUAGAAUGAUUUAGCCCCGUACUUACAACCAUCAUUUAAACACUACGAAAUCACCCUGUCUGCUCAGUCUGCACACAAAUAAGUGCAUACACCAAAGUCCAGUUCUGUGUGGGGGUGAUGUACCAAUCCUUCUCGGUAACCUCUGUGGAGGGCAGAUCUAUAGUCAGGUCGGUAACAAAAUAAAACAUAUAAAGGUCAGUUUGGUUGGGUUAAGGCAACAAAUCUACUUUGUUAGUUUUAGGAAAAGAUGACCUUACAUUUGUGAAAAAUGUCAUGUUAAAUACGUGUUGUCCUUUAACUUACGGAUUUAGGUCAAAUGACACCCCAAACCUCUACCCUAAUUGGACCGUCUUGCUCUUUAUACGUCACCUGAAUUUUUUUAGAUAUAGUACUCGGACAAUAUAAUGGGAAAGAUUGGAGAAUCGCCUGGAUACAAAUUUGACUAUUAACUGCACGCAAAAGUCUGGAGCAGGGGUCUCACACUGAAAUUAUCUUGGGGCCACUGUUGGUAGUGUGUCACCACCACAAUGUCCAAGUACUACAAGAAAGUACAAUAUUUCAGAACAUUUUUAAAUUUCCAUUAUUAACAUAAAAUAACAAAGGCAACACAAGGCAAACAGCAGUUUGUAUACAUUUUUAUGAUUUGUUUUUGACAGUUCAGUGCAGUGCAGAUAUUGAAUUAUGUUUAUUUUCUUCUGCUCGUAUUUAACAAAAAUGCAAAACCAAGUCUACCAAGUCUUUUUUUAAUAAUUUACUUAUAUUUUUAACUAGGUUUGUCAUGGUAGUCUAUGCUCCCAGUAUUCAGGCUUACACAGAUGACAUUACUGACAAAAUACUUCAAAAUAAAAGUCAACUUGUGUUUUAAAUCAGUGUGAAAAAACUAAAAAAACUAAUAAUAAUAAGUUUGCAUGCCUGAUUUUUGACAUGAGGUCGCGGGCCGAAUGGAGGGGGAUCUGGGGCCCAGCGCCUGGCAGUUUGAGACCCCUAGUCUAAAGUCAUGUUAUUGGUAUGCAGAUCACAGUGACUGGGCUGGUUGAAAAGUCAGUGCAGUGCAACAUAAGUAAAGUCAUGCCAUGUACCGACAACAGGAAAGCAGUCAGUAUUUUACAUAAUUAUCCAUAUUUCUGUGAAAAAGCUGAGGUAGCAUGUAAGCAGUUGAAGCUAAAGAUAUUUUAGGAAGGUAAAAUUCGGGAGUUAUUUUAGUAGUACAGACAUACAAAGCAAGCCUUGUACAUAGCAUCAUCAUAAGUUUUAGCGAUAUAACCUGCUGAAUGUAGUAUUGAUAGUUUGCAUUUAUAACUGAAGCUGUUACAAAGGAGUUCUACUAAAUAUCAGACAUCACAGAGGAAGUACACAAAUUGGUUAAUUUUCUCAGAAUGUUCGUUGAACUUGCCAAACCACUGGACAGUAUUUUCAUUAUUGAUUUACAGUUUACACAUUGUCCCCAAUCUAACCACUGAACACUGUUUAACAUCUUAUGUCAGUACUGAAACUGCAAUUUAACAGUGUCUCAAUGUUUUCAAACACUCCUCUGUAUAUUUCAAUAUCAUGCAAUAAUGUAUACAUCUUUAGAAAUGUUUCUUUGACAUUUCCACUGUGUGUUUUUGGUAAGUAACUUCCUUUGCCCUCCAUCUGUUGAUUUUGUAUCACUGUGCAGUGGCCAUGAUGAACAUUGAUGUUAAAGAAAUGCUGUUAGUUGUUGAUUUUUAACAAACCUCAUAUGUGAAUACUAAAACGAACACUUGUAGAUUUUUGUAUAGGCAGCAAAGUAUUUCAUACAUGCAUCACAUUAUAGCACAGUACAGUGUUUUCUUCUGUAUAUAAAUGUACAACAGGUGAUAUUUUACAACAUGUAUGUGUGCUUUAGUAGAUAUAAUACUGUACUGUAAUAUCUGCCGUGUAGCUUGGUCUAGCGAUUUGGAUUCAUUGCAGUUCUGAUGUAAAGAGCCAAGGCUUUGACUUUCUUUGAUCCAAUGUCAUCCACUAUCUGGAACCUGAUUGGACCACUGUCACAAACUGUAAGUGAAGAUGAUGAUGAUAUUAUAUUGUUGAAUGAAAAUGGUAUAAUGAAGUAGAAUUGACCAUAAAAUGACCAAGGUGAAAACACUCCUUGGUCUUUAGGAAAAACGUGAACCAACCAUCCUCUAUCUGCAUGAUAUUAUUAUGUCCAUACUAUAUGUGGCUAUCAUAAACUUUUUCACCUUGAUCUUUGCUACAUCAAAGAACAAUAAAGAGUAUAUUGUGAAAA